AUGGCCGCGUCCGCACCUCGUCCCUCACCACUUCCCGUAAGUGUGGUGACGCUCGACGAGGAGACUCCACCGUCUUACCCCGACGCCUUCCUAUAUGCAAAUCCGGUUUUCCGGCCAGUGGACGCUUCUAUUCCGGUGCUGUCCACCGAGACGUCCGGCUCCUACGCUUCCCUGCUUCGAUUCCAAAAUUUGGAUCACCUGGCUGAGGCCGAAGAUAGUCGAGGGAGAUUUCAGAAUCCGCCUCCACGGUAUUCACAGCCGGGAUACGUUCUGGGUGGUGGCGGGAUGAUGUCGAUUCGAAGGGAUCUGGCCUUGAAGAAGAAGCAGGAUUGCCUUAGGAUGCUCUUCCAAAUUCUCUUCACCUGGCUGGGCUUUAUCGAUGUCUACUUCAGCGGAUAUUACCUCUCCGCAUCGCUAGACCAAUAUAAUGCUUUCGUCCGUGGCAUUCCCGGUCAAUCGCCUACGGUCGACAGUAUCAACGAAGCGUGGACAGCUAUGUGUCUGGAUGUGCUGCCCUAUCUGAUCACCGCUUCGCUAUUCGUCGUAGCUGCCAUCGGGUUGUAUCGUGGGAAGCACUCGGCGAUUAAUGGAUACCAUAUUGCCUUGCUCUUCCGCAUCGGUCUCUUGCUCACACAGCAUGCUGGACGGGACUUCCUCUACUGCAACUUCAUGAACCCGGCCCUCAUCGUCAUCGUCUCCUCGUUAUUGAUGGCGAUGGAGCCAGUUAAUGAAAUCAACGCCAAA